CGCUUCUGCCUAAGAUGGCCAAGCAAAAUUCUCCAUCACUAAUUGAAGUUGUAAAACAAGUUGCAGAGCAGCAACAUUCGCAAGCAUCAGAGAUGGAAAAAAACAAAACAGUUCUUUUCCAUUUGCAGGCAAAGUUUCAGGAACUAGAAAAAGAAAUGGAUUCUAUUCUGUUAGAAACAAAGACAACAGAUAGGGAAAUAUAUCUGCAAGAUGAUGCCAUAGAAGUGACAAAAUAUCACUGUGAAAAUCUGGAGGCACAAGUCAGAGAUCUAUAUUCUGAAAAUUUAAAGCUAAGGCAUGAUGCAGAAACAAUACAAGAAGAGUUUGAGAUGACAUUUGCAAGAAAUAAUGAAUAUCGGGAAAAAAUAAAGGCUCAUAAGCAUCUCAUUUGGGAGAUGGAAAGUAAAAUGCCAGUUAUGAUUGAGCUUGCUAAAAAGAAAGCUGUUGUUGAAGAAUUAAAGACAAAGAAAGAGGAGUUAAUGCAUGAUCUCCAGAAUCCAGAAGGAUCUGUUAUAAAACAGGUGCAGGAAGAAACUACACUUUUAAAAAGAGAAAUCACAAGAUUAAAAGAGUGCAUCAAUAAAAAAACAGAUUUGCUGGAAGAAGAGAAAAAAAUGCAUGCUAAACUUAGAAAAGAAAUUGAGGUACAGAAUAAAAGAUAUGAUGCUAUUCUGAAACGUUUGCAUUGCCAGCUGAACAAACUCCAUUCAAAUAGAAGACAAUGGCACUGGAACAUUCAGCAGUUAGAGAAGAAGGCAGCAGAACUAAGGAAGUGUCUCGGAGUAAUGGAGUUACAGAGUAGCAUAUAAAAAUAAAAUCAACUAACAAAGCUACAAUACGGCUAACUUUUUCCAGACAGAGGAGCUGCUUGCUGCAAAUAGUAAAGAAGCCCAGUAGUUACUCAUUGUUUUCUUUCCUUUUAGUUUUUUUUUCUCCCUUUCAUUCUGUGGCUUAAAUAGCUUGUGUUUAAUCUAUAAUGUUUUGGAAUAACUUUGUGCCUUUGUUUGUUUGUUUGUUUGUUUUUUUCUGUAGCCAGAGGCUAUUCAGGAAGAAAGUUAUUAACAUUUCCAGGUGUUUCCAAAAUAUAUGCCUAUUUUAUCUAAAAAGUCAUUUAAAGUCAACCAAAUAAGAUUAGAGGAGUUCCUUUUUAUGUAACUAGAUCUUUGAAGAUUGAGAUCUACAUUGUUUUUCCUACAGAUAAAUUAAUAUCGGAGUAUGUUUGCAUUUUUGAGAUACCAGAAUUCCAGAUCUUUUAUCCACAUCCCUUAUUAUUGCAAUCUAUUAAAGAACUCUGAAAGCUUCUAUGGCCUGUAUUUUGCUGUGUGGGAAAUUCAUAUAGAUGAUGUUACAGCUUAUUUGCCCUAUAUCUGCCAGGAUGAGCCAGCAUGGGGGACAAGGACAACAUAGGCUAUCCAGCUACAACAGGCUUAGGAAAAAGUACACUCAGAACUGGACUUCAAAUAUUCUGACUUCAACUAGUCUAAUACAUGUUAGCAAAGACAAAUGAGCAGGUAAAAAGAGUACUACAUCUGGACAGCUUUUAAAAUUGAAAAACUCACCCUCUAGAAAUAGAAAUGCAAUAUAGAUGAUUGAAUAUAGAGGAAUUUACUGUGUAGAGGAUCUUAACUAACUAGUACUAACCAUCUAAAUUCUAAGUGCUUAAUGUUUGGUAAGAUGAUUCUUACGAUAAAUGAUGACCUGUUAAAAUAGUAGUGAAUAGCUGACAUUUUUCUUUGCCUUCUUUUUAUUCUGUGCUCAGCAUUUGAAGAAUUUACAGUACUUUCCCUAACACUUAAGGUAAUAGUUCUGACUGGACAUAACCUGUAACAUUUAUUUUUUCUAUGAAAGUAGCAUUUUAUUUGAGGUGUUGACUUGAAUAAUUUAGAUUUAAUGUGAAGAUUUAAGAAAAUUGAGUAUUUACUGUGCAAAAUGUUAGACUGCGUAUAUAUUGUUAGCUUAGGAAAGCAAAGUUUAAAAUGCAAUAAAAUUUUUUGUGUUAGAACAAUCAUAUGUUUCUGUAUAUUUAUAUUGCCCUUAAUAUGUUGUUUCAAUUUAUAUAAAGUUAUUUUAAGCAAUAUACUGACUGAUAAAGGCUCUCUCUCAAUGUUGUUAGACUCUCAAGAUUGUUUGGCUUGGUCUUUUUCUUUUGCAAUAUUAUCAGCCAGGGUACUUCCAUUAAAACAAUAAGGUAGAAAUGCAAACCGCAAUAUCCUAUGCUAUAGUAACAGUAAGGUGAUACAGAUAAUUUGCUGGUUUAAAACUUUUCUAACCUAAUUUAUUUUCAAAGAAGACAAAGAAAGACUCCUUAAAACUAACUGGUAAUCUUAAUUGCCUUUCUCUUCUGAAGUUACUUACACAUUCAUUGCUGACAAGUCCUGAAAGCACCAACGGAACAUUGAGUCUUAUCAAGUAUUUAGUAUGAUACUGUAACAUUACAAGUGUUUACCCCUACACACAGCAAAACACCUUGCAUUUGGUUAAUGUAUAACUUCUAG